ACCCUAUCGCAGAACGAGACUGGUCUUCAGAGUCAUGUCAGCCCCGCCGAUGCCAUCGCGGCCGAAGAGAUCGCCGAGAUCAAACGAUAUGAGGACUUCACCACCAUAGAUUGGGUCCAGGACGCCGCACGCGAGAAUCAACGCCGCAAGGUCCGUCGGCAGGAACGAGCGAAUUUCUUCGAUGCAGAAGGCAAGCUCGGUUGGAGGAGGAAGGUGUGGGAGGCUUACGAUGCUGGGCAGGGCUGGAUUGUCAUUACGUUGAUAGGUGCUGCGAUAGGUCUGAACGCGGCUAUUCUGAAUAUCGUGACGGAGUGGCUGAGUGAUGUAAAACUUGGGUAUUGUACCACUGCCUUCUACCUUAAUGAGAGCUUUUGUUGUUGGGGAGCGGAAAGUGGGUGUGAGGAGUGGCAUCGGUGGAGUAGUUGGAGUGGGAUUAACUAUGUGCUGUACAUUGCGUUCAGUACAGGGUUUGCAUUUGUGAGCGCGAGGCUGGUGAAAAGUUUCGCGCCAUAUGCGGCGGGGAGUGGAAUCAGUGAGAUCAAGUGUAUCAUUGCGGGAUUCGUGAUGAAGGGCUUUCUCGGCUUUUGGACGCUGAUGAUCAAGAGCAUUGGACUACCGCUGGCGAUUGCGAGUGGGUUGAGUGUUGGUAAGGAGGGGCCGAGCGUGCACUAUGCGGUGUGCACGGGAAAUGUUGUCAGUAGGAUGUUCGACAAGUAUCGACGAAAUGCUGCGAAGACGAGGGAAAUACUGUCGGCUUGCGCGGCUGCUGGUGUGGCUGUUGCGUUUGGAAGUCCGAUUGGAGGUGUGCUGUUCAGUCUGGAGGAGAUGAGCAACUACUUCCCGUUAAAGACGAUGUGGAGGUCCUACUUCUGCGCUCUGGUUGCGACGGCAGUGCUGGCUGGCAUGAAUCCUUUUCGAACUGGACAGCUGGUCAUGUUCACUGUACGAUAUGACCGGAGCUGGCACUUUUUCGAGAUACCCUUCUACAUUAUCAUUGGAGCUUUCGGCGGAAUGUACGGAGCUUUCGUCAUGAAGUGGAAUCUACGAGCGCAGGCAUUCCGGAAACGUUAUCUUACCAAGUAUGCGAUCCUAGAAGCGACACUCCUCGCCCUCGGCACGGCAAUCGUCUGCUAUCCGAACAUGUUUCUACGGAUCGACAUGACCGAGAGUAUGGAGAUUCUCUUCCUGGAGUGCGAAGGCACACACGACUACGACAAGCUAUGCGACAAGUCGAAUCGCUGGCACAUGGUUCUAUCCCUAGCAAUAGCCACAGUCUUGCGGAUCUUCCUCGUCAUCAUCUCAUAUGGAUGUAAUGUGCCUGCUGGCAUCUUUGUUCCCUCGAUGGCUAUCGGUGCCUCCUUCGGACGCAUGGUUGGCAUCCUGGUACAAGCACUCCACGAAUCCUUCCCAGACGCUGCGUUCUUCGCAGCCUGCAAGCCCGACGUGCCUUGCAUUACGCCGGGAACAUAUGCAUUCCUUGGUGCUGGCGCAGCACUUUCGGGUAUCAUGCACCUGACAGUAUCGGUCGUGGUCAUCAUGUUCGAGCUUACCGGCGCCUUGACAUACAUCUUGCCGACCAUGAUUGUGGUUGGCGUGACGAAAGGGCUGAGCGAGAUCUUUGGUAAAGGCGGCAUUGCGGAUCGCAUGAUCUGGUUCAAUGGCUUCCCUUUUCUGGAUAACAAGGAAGAGCAUACCUUUGGCGUUCCAGUUUCGCAGACCAUGACUGCCGAUCCGACAGUGCUACCAGCAAGUGGCUUGACUUUGAGCCAAGUCGAACGAGUCACUGCAGAAACGAAAUACCAAGGUUUUCCGAUCGUUGAAGAUCUCGAGUCGAGUAUGCUCCUCGGAUACAUUGGACGGACUGAGCUGAGGUAUGCGAUCGAUCGCGCCAAGCAAGCCCAGCCCUUGUCACCGCAAGCGAAAUGUCACUUUGCACCACAAGAGGCACCUCGAACAGCAGUGCCGCCCUCAGCGAUUACCGCGGCAGUCUCUUUCGAUGAAUUGGACGCAACCGCUGGCGCCAUGAACGUCGACUUCAGCAAAUUCGUCGACCCAGUGCCUCUAGUCGUACAUCCACGCCUACCGCUCGAAACAGCAAUGGAACUGUUCAAGAAGCUCGGUCCCCGAGUCAUCUUGAUCGAGCACCGAGGGCGCGUCACUGGUCUGGUCACCGUAAAGGACUGUCUCAAGUACCAGUUCCAAGCAGAAGCUCACGAAAAUCCACGAGAUGACAGUGGCCAGCAAGCCACGCAAGAGAAGCUCUGGGAUAUAAUUCGGGGGUCUGCAACCUGGAUUGGUGGCAAGAUUGGGCGAGCGAGUGGUGGCAGAUUAAGGCUAGGUGAUCAUCAUAGCCAUUCGAGCUCGCCGCCGGAUAGUGCUGAUAUACGACAAUCUGAUGGGUUGGAUGAAGAAGGGAGGGGCCCUGCCGCUGGCGGCGUGGAGUUGCAGGAUAGAAGGGAGGUGCUUUCCCGCCUCAGCUUUCUGAAGCGAUCAACUCGAUGUACCGUUGGUAUGCGAAUGCGGCAGUAUGUUAAUGUGUACCUGGACGAUCUCGCCCAGCCUGAAGAGGGACAGCAGAUCACUGCUGAGAUGUUUCACGCGAAGGGCAACGCUGUACGUACCGCACCUACAGCAGGCGGUACGCACUCCGGCAAUCGGACUGGCUCUGGAAAGGACUUUGUGGCACCACGAACUCUUAGAUGGUUCACGCGAGGCUGGACGUUGCAGGAGCUCAUUGCCUCCUCGCAUGUAAAGUUCUAUUGCAAGACUGAGAAGUCUAUCGGCGCUUUGUCUGACCUUGUUCUGCCCGUUUCCCAGGUGACGGGCAUACAUGUCAGCUUAUUGAAGCAUCAACGCCUUCUAGCUUCCUUCAGCAUAGCACAGCGAAUGAAUUGGGCAUCGAAGCGGGUCACUACUCGAGUAGAAGAUCGAGCUUAUUCCUUGCUCGGUAUUUUCAAUGUCAACAUGCCUGUCAUCUACGGCGAAGGAGCUAAGGCCUUCCAACGUCUGCAGGAAGAAAUCCUACGCGCCUACUCAGACCAUACUAUAUUCGCUUGGCGACCUAGCGGGCCCGAAGAAACUCGGUCUUAUCGUCAAGAUCUGCUCGCUUCUUCACCCGCCGACUUCCACCAUCCGAGUUUCAAAUGCUUGAGGAAGACACCGCGCGGAAGCUCACAAAGAGAGUAUGAGAUCACAGCGAGAAAUGUCACUUUCGACCUGCCGGUACUUGACGUCCCAGUGGCUCGGCGAGGUAGUAAAUCACACCCUACCCACACCGUGGCAAUGCUCAAUUGCGGUCAUGAAGAUCGGCUGACUUCCCACAUCACGCUUGUACUCUAUAAGAACUCAACAGGCGACUAUUCCCGUGCCUCUUUGCAU